AUGAUGCACCCUGUUGCCAGCAGCAAUGCAGCUUUCUGUGGGAGCGGCAAGAGCUCUUGCCUUAGCGAAGACAACGUGAGAGCUGCGGAUCAGUUUGACCUGUAUGCCACACAGCAGAGCAAGUACAGCCACGCAGUCAGCCACAAACCCAUCGCCUGCCAGAGGCAGGACGCCCUCAACGACUCGCACUUGCAGACCACGAGUGGCAGAAAUAUAGAGACAAAAGAUGAACUAAAGAAAAAGAAAAACCUCAACCGCUCCGGCAAGCGCGGCAGGCCGUCAGGGACCACCAAAUCUGCAGGGUACCGGACCAGCACGGGCCGACCCCUGGGGACCACCAAAGCAGCUGGAUUUAAGACAAGUCCAGGCAGACCCUUGGGUACAACUAAAGCAGCAGGAUACAAAGUCAGCCCAGGCAGACCUCCAGGAAAAAAGCAGCAAGCCUUCAGGUGUUCCAGUGAUGCCUAACACAUAGUGAGCUGGACUUUUGCUGUACUUUAGGUGUGUUGAAUGGUUUUGGGGGAACUGUGUAUGCACUGGCAACUAAGACAAUGAACCUCAACUGUACUGGAUGGCUCCUUAGUGACUAGAUGAACUAAUGGCAGCUAAACUGCUACUAAGGAAUAGUUUCUUCAUGCUGAAGCUCUGAAAUCCAGUUCUGUGUUCUGUUCCUCAACAAACUCAGCAGUCUGAAAUCUCUGAGAACGAUGUCACUUCUGACACGUGCGAAAUGCUAACGCGAGUUCAUCACCCUCAGGAUCUGUGUUGUAUUGGCUGUUUCUAAUCAGAUGAUUUUUCAACAAAAGACUGCUUUCAGUUCUUUCCUGGACUCAGCUGGGCAAGCAGUCCUCUUCAGCUGAAUGUAUGACUGCAGGAGUGUCACACCUCGCUGGCAAGGAACGUGUUGCAUGUCACCACUGUACCUUGGGGAAACUCCACUCCUUUUACCUCUCCUGUUUAUCCUGUUUGCUCCAGUUCCAUUCCUCACCUGUGCAUCCACUCACUGGUGCUGUGCUGUGUGUCAGGAGAUAAUGCAGAUGUGUUGCUGUUCUGCUAGUAUAAUUUGUAUUCAAGUAUGCUGAUGAAAUAAUGAAAUCACCUAAGCAAUUUCUGUUCGGUUACAGUGUUUAUUAAUGAUAUCAGAUGGAAUAUAAUCC